CAGUAACUUCGAUCGAUCAUACCUCCAUGCUUCAAUGUAGGCUAGGAUAACAAAACAAAUAGUGUCCACAGUUUAACAGGCUAAGGCAGAGAUGUCUCAAAAAAUGUCCCGUAAACUGGUUAGUGAUCUGAAACUUUUGACAAAAUCACUUUCAACUCACUGUACUUCAAUACAACAGUCAAGAUCUGCAUCAUCACUGGCAUUUAAGAAUGCAUACAUCAAUGGACAAUGGGUAACUGCUGAAGAUGGGAGGACGUUUCCAGUAAGGAAUCCAGCAAAUGGAGAUUUGAUCAGUGAAGUACCUGAUAUGCAAGCCAAAGAAACACAAACAGCAGUGAACCAUGCAGCUGAUGCCUUCAAACGGUGGAAAAAUUACACAGCUAUUGAAAGGAGUAUAUUGUUAAAGAAAUGGCAUGACAUAAUGGCAAAGAACCAAGAAGAUUUGGCUCAAAUUCUAACAGCAGAGAAUGGAAAACCCCUUGCAGAAGCUAGAGGUGAAAUAGGAUAUGGCAUAUCAUUUGUGGAAUGGUUUGCGGAGGAAGGCAAGCGAAUCUAUGGAGAUGUAAUCCCAUCUGCAUUUAAGUCCAAAAGGUUACUUCACCUAAAGCAACCAGUGGGGGUGUGUGGUAUCAUUACACCGUGGAAUUUCCCAAAUGCAAUGAUCCUAAGGAAGGUCGGCGCUGCUCUGGCAGCAGGAUGUACUGUGGUUGUCAAGCCGGCUGAGGACACGCCACUAUCAGCACUUGCCACGUGCUAUUUUGCAGAGCAAGUUGGAAUUCCUGCUGGUGUUUUGAAUGUUGUCACUUGCUCUCACCAGCAUGCUUCAGAGGUUGGCAGGGUUCUUUGUCAGAGUCCAAAGGUUUCCAAGAUAUCAUUCACCGGAUCCACAGCUACGGGCAAAGUCUUAAUGAAGCAGUCAAUUGAUACAAUGAAGCGUGUUUCAAUGGAGCUAGGAGGAAAUGCUGCCUUCAUCGUGUUCAAUUCAGCAGAUGUUGAUGCUGCCGUAGCAGGUGCUGUUGCUUCAAAGUACAGAGGAACAGGUCAGACAUGCAUAAGUGCAAACAGGAUAUUAGUGCAGGAAGAAGUGUAUGAUGAAUUCUGUGAGAAGCUCGCAAAAGUUGUAAGUCAGUUUGUGGUUGGUGAUGGUCAGGAGGAUGGCACCACACAAGGACCACUGAUCAAUGAAAAGGCAGUUGACAAGGUUGAUUCUCAUGUGAAGGAUGCAGUAGCUAAAGGUGGUAAAGUUCUGAUUGGUGGUGAAAGACAUGUGAAAGGGCCAACAUUUUACAGCCCAACAGUGAUACGUGACAUCACUGAAGAUAUGUUGGUGUGCAGUGAAGAAACAUUUGGGCCACUCGCACCAGUAAUAAAAUUUAAGACUGAAGAGGAAGCAGUCCUUCUUGCCAAUUCCACUAGAUUUGGUCUUGCCGGUUAUUUCUACUCCCAAGACAUCCGGCAAAUAUGGCGAGUUGCUGAAGACCUUGAGGUUGGAAUGGUCGGGAUUAAUGAGGGUGUGAUCUCCUCUACAAGCAUUGCCUUUGGAGGCAUCAAGGAAUCGGGCCUCGGCAGAGAAGGAUCUAAAUAUGGCAUUGAUGAAUAUCUUAAUAUCAAAUAUGCUUGCUUCGGAGGAAUGUGAUAAAUUUUAGGAGAGGAUUAGUGGUGGGUUCAAUUCCUUUCUUGGCCAGCUCUUUGGUUGGUAGGGGUACAAAUCAUUUGUCAAAGAAUAUCUUCACUUUAAAAUUUAUUUUAUCUACUGUCCUGAGGUUGUUUUUCCUUCUCCCAGCUACCCCUAUAUCUCCAGCUCUCUGCCAAAAGGUCCUGAGCUCAGUAACAUAUUACUGUACUUAGCUAAUAAAUGAAAUUAUUAAGUUGAAUAAAUUUAUUCACUACUCAGUUUAGUGAGACAAAUUAUAAUGUAUUUAUAUUUACAUUAUACAACUAUACAUAUUAAUAGGAGUAAUUUUACAUAUAUAACAAUAUUUCUAAUACAAACAUGAAGGUAUUCUAUAAUACCUCCAUGAUACAACCAUGCUGCCUGCAGUCAUUAAAGAUAUUAUCGCUGUUGUAUCUUCA